AUGGCUCCCGUCGAGAAGAACCUGAAGGAUGAACAGCCCAAAUACUUGAAGGGUGACAUCAAGGCAUCAGCGCUGGAAUUGAUUGGCAACACGCCCAUGGUGGCAUUGGACCGCCUUUACAGUGGCCCUGGGAGAAUAUUGGCGAAAUGUGAGUUCAUGAAUCCUGGUGCAUCAAUCAAGUGCCGUUCAUCGUUAAGCAUGAUUAACCGUGCUAUUGCAUCUGGUGAGCUGAAACCUGGUGAACCUGUGGUGGAAAUUACUUCUGGUAACCAAGGAUGUGGCCUGGCUGUGGUGUGCGCUGUGUUGGGACAUCCUCUAACACUGGCUAUGUCCAAAGGCAAUAGCGUUCAGAGGGCGCUUCAUAUGGAAGCUCUUGGUGCGAAAGUAGUUCGAGUGGAUCAAGUUAAAGGAACCUAUGGAAAUGUAACAUAUGCUGACGUCGAAGUUGUUCGAGAAGUAUGUGAUAAGUUGGUGAAGGACCAGAACGCAUACUUUGUUAACCAGUUCAGCAAUGAAGCAAAUGCAGAUGCUCAUUAUGAAAGCACAGGUCCUGAGAUCUGGCAGCAGACUGGACACCACGUAGACGCUUUUGUAGCAGCAGUUGGCACUGCUGGUACGUUUAUGGGCACAUCGAGAUAUUUGAAAGAACAAAACCCCAACAUAAAAGCAUACGUGGUCGAGCCAGCUGGAGCAGAAGCUAUUGCAGGCUGUGAAGUCACGAAGCCUCUUCACUUACUACAAGGGUCAGGAUAUGGAUUAAUACCCGACUUGCUUAAAUAUGAAUUUAUGGAUGGUUCAUUGAGUGUAACUGAUGAGGAAGCUGUGAAGUACAUGAAGUUGAUUGGUGAGAAGGAAGGUCUAUACGUGGGCUACACCAGCGGUGCCAACGUGGCGGCUGCUAUCAAACUGUUGGAGUCAGGCUUGGUGCCAGAGGAUGCGUGGGUGGUCACGGUACUGGCUGACACUGGACUCAAAUAUACGCCAGUACCAGAGGAAUUAAUGAAGUGA